ACAUACACUUUUAGCUUUCUCUCAUCUCAGUAAAUCAGUAGUCUGAAGAGCGUUCAAGCUCUUUCGUGGAUUAGUCCUGGAUAUCAUCCAGGGAUACCACGUAAACUCCGGUGUCUGUGUUUGAUUCCUUUUCCGCAUCAUUAUCAAUCUGUUUCUGUAUUCGUCAACAAUGAUCAUGUGAGGAAGUUAAUUAUGGGCUGGUGAGUGGUGAGACUAAGUUGAUGAGAUUGGUGAGCCCAAAAUAGCCCUAUAUGGGCUAGCCCUUCCUCAGAACCCAAUAUAUGGACUCGGCCCAAACGAGAAAUCAUCAGCUCGGCUUCUCGCCACGACGGCCGAUGAUGGCUUAUGCCAGCCGAGCCGAAUAAGCCAGACCGCUCUUUUGUUUUUUUCAGCCACACUGACUCUGACCCUCUCUAUCCGCAAACAACAGUGGGGGAACCAUAACUAAGAUAAGGUUUUAAAGCCCUCUUUAUCUUCCCCCUUUCAUUUCCCUCUCCUCUCUGGCCUUUCAUCUAUUGCAGGAAGAACUCCAUCAUCAGUUAGCUUUCAGUCACAGGGACUUUGUUACAGGGAAAGAAACCAUCUUUCAGGGACCCUUUUUAAACAAAUUGCUCAAGGUACUGGCUUUUAUCAGUUCUGAGGUCGAUUAUUUCGAGGCUGCUUUCUGUGGUUUCCCCGCCGUCUGUGUUGUUGAGUUGCUGAGGUUGAUUGACGUAGUUCGGGGCUGCUUCCUUUGUCUGUAUCCAAUUUGGAUGAUUUGGUCUUCUGCUGCUGAGUUUGUUGCUGGCAAGUGUUGAAUUGAAUUCUUGUGAUGUUUGUUUCUUGCUGUUGUAAUUUGAGAGAGAAUUCCUUGUAUGGUCAUGCUUGUUUGCAAUGUUGUGGUGAAUGUGGCUGGUUAUAUGUCUUCGGUUAGAAUUUUCAGCUGAGUUAGCAUGCUUGGUGAAAAGUAUUGCAGCGUUCUGUGGAUUGAGUUAGCUGUGGGAGUUGAUAUCGACUAAUCGGUCGCUGGUAAGUGAGAAUUGGUUGGAAGUAACAUGAUUACGAUGUUUAAUCUGACUGGUUUAGUCGGUAAAUGAGUUUAAGUCUGUUUCUUGCUUUGCCAUAUUGUCCACAAUUCAUACAUUACAAGAACUAUGAAUGCUGAUUUUUUGGAACAGAGGUUUUGGAUUUUGAGGUGGGGACUGACUUAUAUGAUGCUUGAAACAGUGAAGGUUGUGAUGAAGAACUAAUUCAAGCUGCUGACAGACUGGCCAAUUGGGAUUCAAAGGAAACAUGACGCCAGUAAUCCCAUGUUCUACUAGCAGAAUCGCACUCAUUCCAGGAACUCCCUUCACAUUAAACAAGAUCAAUGUUCCUGCAAGAUGUAGUUUAUCCAGGAAAUCAGCAAAGCAUGCCCAAAGACUCGCCGUCUUACCCUUCCCAGCAUCCAUCAAGUCCUUGCCUAAUUAUAAAACUCAUCAUCAUGCUUUGGCUCACAGAAGCACAGUCUUUGUUUCAGUAUCAGCCACAGGCACAGACGUAGCUGUUGGGGAACCAGAAACUCCUCUGACAAGUGAGGAAGAUUCUAGUAAAGCCUCAGAAGUUCCAGCAGAGACUGCUCCAGCUCAAGCUAAGCGUGCAAGGCCCGGCAGGAAAAGCGAGAUGCCACCUGUAAAGAACGAGGAUUUGGUUCCUGGGGCAAUGUUCACUGGGAAAGUAAGGUCUAUUCAACCAUUUGGUGCAUUCAUCGACUUCGGAGCUUUCACAGAUGGCCUUGUACAUGUUUCCAGGCUGAGUGAUAGCUAUGUUAAGGACGUUGGUAAUGUCGUCACAGUUGGACAAGAGGUUAAGGUGAGGUUACUCGAAGCAAACACAGAGACAGGUCGCAUUUCUCUUAGUAUGCGUGAUGACGAUGAUAAUGAUGGAAAUAGUAGUAAGCCACAGCAGCAAAGGAAAGAUUAUGCUGCUUCGACAGGUGGUGGAGAUAAGCCGAGGCCUGGAAGAAGAAACACACAAAGGACUGGUCAGAAGAGGGAUGAGAAGACUGCAAAGUUCGUUAUUGGGCAACAACUAGAUGGCACGGUUAAGAACUUGACCAGGUCUGGUGCUUUCAUCUCUCUCCCUGAAGCUGAGGAAGGAUUCUUGCCUGCUUCAGAAGAAGUUAGUGAGGGGUUUGGAAACCUUAUGGGUGGUUCUCAACUGGUGAUAGGACAGGAAGUUAGUGUUAGGGUUUUGCGAAUAAAUAGAGGUCAGUUUACUUUGACAAUGAAAAAGGAAGAAGAUAAUCAGAAGGAGGAUAAGAACUUUACUCAGGGAGUUGUCCAUGCUGCUACUAACCCAUUCAUGGUGGCUUUCCGGAAGAACAAGGAUAUAGCUGAGUUUCUAGAUGAUAGAGAGAAGUUGCAGAAAGAUGCUGAGAUUUCGGAAGAGAAGGAGUUAGAGCAGGAAGAAAGUGUAGCUUCUCCAGAGGUGGCUGUGGAAGCUAACGUUGGUGAGAAGCAGGAGAGCAUAGAGUCUAGCUCAUCAGAAGAAGUGGGUAGUGCUGUUCAAGAUGUAGAAGCUGAGCCAAUCGAAGAACUGGAGAAGAUUUCUGCAACCAUGGACAACGUUGCAAUUGCAGAUCAGAAGGUUGAGGAAGAACCUUCAAUUGAAGCAGUGGAAAGUGAAGCGAAGUCUGAUAUAUCUGCUGAAGCUCCUGUUUGUGAAAGUGUCAUAGAGAUCAAUUUGGAAGAGCAAAUUGAAACAGUAGCCUCUGCCACACCAGUAGAGAAUGAAGUUGUCUCAGAAGCUGCUGAUGAGAAUGGCAGUAUCGUUAGUUCAGAUGGUGUUGAAAGCAUAGACAAUCCUGAGUUACCAGGAACUGAAACCCAGGCAGUGGAAAAUGAAACAACUGAAGAAGUGGUUCCACAGAAAGUUGAAGCUAAUGAAACAACUUCUGGUUCUCUAGUUGAAAGUGAGAAGCAGGAUCCUUCAUCCAAAGAGAGUGGGACAACAACAGCAACCAUCUCACCAGCUCUGGUAAAGCAACUUCGAGAAGAAACUGGAGCAGGAAUGAUGGACUGCAAGAAAGCUCUCUCCGAGACAGGAGGUGACAUCAUCAAAGCUAUAGAAUUCCUCCGAACAAAAGGAUUAGCAAGCGCAGAGAAAAAAGCCAGCAGAACAACUGCUGAGGGAAGAAUUGGGUCUUACAUUCACGACAGCAGAAUCGGCAUCCUGAUUGAGGUUAACUGCGAGACAGACUUCGUCUCUCGAGGAGAAAUCUUCAAGGAGCUCGUGGACGAUCUAGCAAUGCAAGUGGCUGCAUGUCCACAAGUACAAGUUGUUUCCACGGAAGAUGUUGCUGAAGAAAUAGUGAGCAAGGAGAAAGAGAUUGAGAUGCAAAAGGAAGAUCUGUUGUCGAAACCAGAGCAGAUAAGGGCUAAGAUCGUCGAAGGGAGGAUCAAGAAGAGGCUUGAUGAGCUUGCACUGUUGGAGCAGCCAUACAUCAAGAAUGAUAAGGUUCUGGUGAAGGACUGGAUCAAGCAAACAAUUGCCACCAUUGGGGAGAAUAUGAAGGUCAAAAGAUUCGUGCGAUAUAACCUUGGUGAGGGUUUGGAGAAGAAGAGUCAGGAUUUUGCUGCUGAGGUUGCUGCACAAACUGCUGCUAAAUCAGCACCUGCACCACCAAAAGAUCAACCUGCUGCUGCAACAGAGGAGAAAGAAGCUGUUCAGAAGCCACCAGCAACAACAGUUUCUGCAGCACUCGUCAAGCAGCUGCGGGAAGAAACAGGAGCAGGGAUGAUGGACUGCAAGAAAGCCCUUGCGGAGACAGGUGGUGAUCUGGAGAAGGCACAGGACUAUCUCAGAAAGAAAGGCCUAUCAUCUGCCGACAAGAAAUCCAGUCGCCUAGCAGCUGAAGGACGAAUUGGUUCCUACAUUCACGACUCCCGAAUCGGAGUGCUGAUCGAGGUCAACUGCGAGACCGACUUCGUCGGCAGGGGCGACAUUUUCAAGGAACUGGUCGAUGAUCUGGCAAUGCAGGUUGUGGCUUGCCCACAGGUGCAGUUUGUGUCGACUGAAGAUGUGCCUAAAAGCAUUGUCGAGAAGGAGAAGGAACUCGAGAUGCAGAGAGAGGACCUUCAGUUGAAACCAGAGAACAUAAGGGAGAAGAUUGUUGAAGGAAGGAUCUCAAAGAGACUUGGAGAGCUUGCGCUUCUAGAACAACCAUUCAUUAAGGAUGACAAAUUGCUGGUGAAGGAUUUGGUGAAGCAAACUGUUGCUGCUCUUGGUGAGAAUAUAAAAGUCCGAAGGUUCGUGAGGUUUACACUUGGAGAUGAAACCGACUAAAGAAGAUGCAAAACCCUAGGAGUGAAGGUACUUGUUGCUUAAGGAACAGAGAAAAACUGGUGUCAUGAGGCUGUUACAGAAUAUAGUUUUUGGAUGAGAGGAUAGGAUUGUCCUGAUUCUUUUCUUUUUUGUGAUCAGAGCAAGUUAGCUUUUCCUUCUGUAUUAUUAUUAUUAAUAGUUGUUUUCUCCCCUUCUACAUUGAUCCAAACAACAAUUCUGAUAUGAAUCUGCUAAAAGUGUUCCUUCAUAAAUGAUAGCAGUUGCUGCUAAACUCAAUACAACAAUUACAAAAAC